GUAACAGGAAGUUCUUGUGUGUUUGGGGACGUCAACACUUUCCCUCGAGCGGCUCUGAUCGUUUUCCACCUCGUUCGCCGCAUUUGCGAGCUGUUUCAUGGGGCAGAGGUGGGGAAGUUGUCAUUGAGCUCUGUAGUCGUUACGGAUCGAGCGUAGUUCGUGGACAGAUUGGGGUUCAUGUUUAUUGGUGAUGAUGAUGGCAGCAGCGGGCAAUGAGAGUCCUAACAGAAGCACUGAAGAUAAAACCUCCACCCGAAGACAGAAUGAAGUCAAUAGGAAGUUGAAGUACAUCAGUUUGGCCAUCCUGGUGGUCCAGAAUGCAUCGCUCAUCCUCAGCAUCCGAUACGUGCGGACGUUGCCGGGGGAUCAUUUCUACACCACAUCAGCCGUGGUUAUGGCAGAAGUUCUUAAAGUCUUCACCUGUCUCGUCAUCACCCUGAUACAGAAAAGAGGUAACGUGAAAUCGUUCGUAUCGUUGUUGUAUGACUCUAUAGUCGUACAGUAUUUGGACACGCUGAAGUUAGCGGUUCCGUCGCUCAUCUACACCUUACAGAACAACCUGCAAUAUGUGGCAAUUUCUAAUUUACCAGCAGCCACUUUUCAGGUCACAUAUCAGCUGAAGAUCUUGACCACGGCGUUAUUUUCCGUGCUCAUGCUGCGCAAGAGUCUGUCUAAAAUGCAGUGGAUCUCAUUAGUGCUGCUGUUCUCCGGCGUGGCAAUCGUCCAGGUGGAGCAGGAGGGCGGGAAACAGAAGGAGGCCGUGACCAGCACCAACCAGAACUACUUCAAGGGCCUGGUGUCUGUGAUAAUCUCCUGCUUGUCCUCCGGGUUUGCUGGAGUUUACUUUGAAAAAAUCUUGAAGGGCAGCUCGGCCUCGGUGUGGAUGAGAAACAUCCAGCUCGGGAUCUUCGGGACAGUGUUGGGUCUCCUCGGCAUGUGGUGGAACGACGGCGCUGCCAUCGCCGAGAAAGGCUUCCUCUUCGGCUACACGCCCAUGGUGUGGGGCGUCAUCUUCAACCAGGCCUUCGGCGGCCUCCUGGUAGCUGUUGUGGUAAAAUACGCAGACAACAUUCUCAAAGGUUUCGCCACCUCUUUUUCCAUCAUCGUGUCCACGAUCACGUCCGUCUACCUCUUCGGCUUCCACGUGGACCUGGUCUUCACACUGGGCGCAGGAUUGGUCAUAGGAGCUGUCUAUAUGUACAGUCUCCCCAAACCAAACUCCAGCACUUCCAGCACCAGCACAUCUUCAUCUAGUCACAGCAAAGGAGGAGACUCGGAGCUGGAAGCUUUCCUCCCAAAUCCCAAGGCUCCAGGAAAGAAGAAAGGAAAUUGAAGAAACAUGAUAAAUGAGAAAAUAUGAUGAGAACACAUUAUGCCUGCAGGUCCUACACUCCUGCCCUAUUUCCAAAGGAAAAGAUGAGGGUUAUAUUUCAAGUGCCUUAUUAUGCUCACAAUAUUAAACUCCGUUAUGAAUGAUGGUACUUCUAAACUAAACUGUGCUGACUUACUUUAUGGAACCUCAUAUUUAUGCUGAUACCUCACUAUUGUGAUGCAUUUGAUUUUGUGACUGACUGAAGUUAUGCUAAUGUGAACAUUAUGUUUUGUACGCUGGAACUGGCAAAAUGAAUGAAAAUCCUCAUGUAUGGAAUUCAAAAGGGUGCUGCCUUGUGAAAUAAUCGUAUAGUAUAGUACUUUUGUACGUUUGUUUUUUACUAAAUAUGUUUUUCUAUAUUGUGUAUUCAUUAAUGCUUCAAUAGUGCCUUGUGCUUUUUGUAGUGCCUUUUGCAUUUCAGUUGUUUUAUGUGCUUUACACAUACACUUUUAAAGAUCAUAUUUUCUCCAAAGUUCACUUUUUUAUGUUAUACUUGUCAAUAAAGAGUCCACUUCUUUAGAUUGCAACAGAAUUUCUGCCCUAAACACAUUGUGUAUGCAUAGUCGGAGUGGUCUUUUUGGAUGAGUUUGAUUUUAAUAUAGCUAUAUUUUUACUGCUUAGCAGUGAAAUGUGAAAAGCAGUGGGCUCUUGAACAUAUUAUUGCCUUAUUGUGUCACUAUUCAAGGGAGCAGAUCUAAAACUAAACUAAACGUUUAAUCAUAUCAAGUCAUGAAUAAUAUGGUUGCAUUCAUGUAUGGAAUAAACAUUGUUUUGAAUGUGAUUGGCCUAGUUUAUGUUA